UGCCUUACCAUAUACAUACAUAUAGAUAAUGGAAUCUUGGGAGAAUGAAGUUAGGAGAUUCAUGCUAGAGGAGGAAGAAGAGGAUGACGAGCUAUUCCUAGUUAUGGUCCCUGCUCUUCAGCAGUGUUUAUAUGAGGAGAAAAGGCCGGAGCACAGCUCAACUCUGCCUGGUGUUAAAAAGGUCAUACAAAUCUUGGAAGGCCACGAGAAUUGGUGCAAAGUGGAGUUCAGGAUGGAGCCUGAGAUAUUUAGAGUUAUAGCAAAUUAUCUUAGAGUGGAGAACUUAUUAUGUGACACCCGUGGUGUUAGAGUUGAGGAGCAGCUGGGAAUGUUUAUGUUCAUGCUCUCUCAUAAUGCAAGCAUCGAUAGGCUAAAAAAGGAAUUCCAACAUAGUGGUGAGACAAUUCAUAGGAAAAUAACAGAGUUUUUCGAUAUAAUUCCAGCAUUGACUCAUAGAUUCUUGAAGCUCCCAAAUGUGAACCAUACACAUGUGAAGAUUGCAUCAGACCCUCACUUUAUGCCUUUCUUCCAGAACUGCGUUGGGGCUAUUGAUGGCACUCAUGUUCCUAUCACCAUUGCACAAGAAAGAGCUGCUCCCUACAGAAAUAGAAAAGGAACCUUGUCACAGAACGUCAUGAUAACCACAAAUGUCAAGUUCUGCAAGAAGCCAUUUCCUUUAUAUAACAACUUGGAAUUAUUGUAUGAAGAAAGCAUAGAAGUUCAAUCUGCUCCAGCUAGUCGUAAUUUAGAGGAUCAAAAUGUUACCGGUGGAAAGAAAUGCAAACAAAGUCAGAUGGCUGCAAAACUUAGGGAUUACAUUGACUUUAGAAAGGAUCAGAUUGAAAAAACUCUAGAAAAGUUAGAAGAGAAGAAGAGACGUGAAGAAGACUACUCAAUAGAGAAAUGUAUUGAUAUUGUGGAUACCAUGGAAGAGCUAUCGGAUGAACAAAAGUUGUCUGCCUCAAGUGCAGCUUGUGCCCACUUCACAUGA